UCAUGACGUCAGUGUGCGUAAUCCAAUUGUCUCCGUUGUACGAAACGACCGUUUCAGAGUUUACUGUGUUUUCGUAGUAUACAAUAUACAGCCUGUUUCUAUGGCGGUUGAACCAUAAAUGUUUAUUUAAAAUCUAUGACUUUAAGGCGUCUCCGUGCGGGUUUGAGAUUUUUAGUUCAUUAUUGUGAGUGCUGAAGAUGGCGGCGGUAUCGGUACAGAGCAACAGUCCAGCAGCCGAUGCAUCUCGCACCGGCACAGUGGCGGGUUCAGAACGUCUCCGAACUGAGGAGGGAUCUGAGGCCGAGAAAAAGAGCCGUGUGACUGCACUGCUGGAAAGACUACAUGCCAAACACAACUCAACCCGUUCCUGGCAGGAGACCAGUAAGGUGGUCCGACAGGCUAUGGAAAAGCGUGGAGGGAUGAAUACAUCUGGGCACCAGAUGCUGCUCACCUGUUUAGAGACACUGCAGAGGGCUCUGAAAGUGUCAUCACUGUCGUCAAUGACAGAUCGUCUGGAGUCCAUUGCUCGCCAGAACAUGUUGGGAUCUCACCUGAGCCCCUCACGGACUGAGUGCUACAUCACCUCAGAUAUGUUUUAUGUCGAGGUGCAUUUGGAUAAAGCAGGACAGCUUGUGGAUGUCAAAGUAGCCCAUCAUGGUGAAAACCCUGCGAGUUGUCCUGAGCUGAUACAGCAUUUAAGAGACAAAAACUUUGAUGAGUUUUCCAAACACCUGAAGGGUCUGGUUAAUCUUUACAGGUUACCUGGAGACAACAAAUUAAAAACAAAGAUGUACCUGUCGCUCCAGUCUCUGGAGUUAGACCUUACCAAAAUGAUGCAUAUGUUCAGGAUUGCCACAAAUGCCAACACUGUGGAAACGAUUCUUCAUGGUAGUGUGGGUCUGUUGACGGCAAGGAGUGGUGGUCAUCUAGUGUCUCUACAGUGUUAUGUUUCUCCAUACGACAUCUUUGAAGAAGGAUCAGGAACCCAACUGAACUUUACAGAUGCCAAUAUUCCUCGAACUUUAGGUGUGAGUGUAUCAGUGACUGUUGAGGGCACCUUGUCAGUUUACAAGCUUCCUAUCGCUCCACUUAUUACAGGAUCCCAUCCGGUCGACAACAAAGGGACACCAUCAUUUUCCUCUGUAACAAAUUCAAACUGUGUAGAUUUACCAGCAUGUUUCUUCUUGAAGAUGAAUCAUCCAAUGCCCUUUUCGGUAUCAUUUGUUCAAAGAAUGGGAAAUACCACAGGGAUCCCAGUAUUUGAGACUGCACCCACCUUGUCCUCACUUUUUGACCUUAUCAUUAAAAGCCAACUCCAUGAAGAGGGUUGUGUUUCUUCUGGUCUGGACCAAUCAGUGCGCUUCUAUGCGUGUUUACCAGGACAGCAGCAUUGCUAUUUUCUCAAUGGUGAUGCUCCUGUUCAAGAUGGAAGAUCUCUGCAAGGAGCUUUGGUUACCAAGAUUCCUUUUAGACAUCCUGCUCAAGUGCCUGCACUUCUUGACAUCAUUCGACACCAGGCUGCUUACAACACACUAAUUGGUAGCUGUGUCAAAAAGACCUAUAUUAAAGAAGAUACUCCAGGACUUCUGCAGUUUGAGGUGUGCCCGUUAACAGACACAAGCUUUAACGUAUCCUUCCAGCAUCCAGUCAAUGAAUCACUUGUCUGUGUGGUGAUGGAAGUGAUUGACUCAAGGCAGGUGGCCUGUAAGCUGUAUAAGGGUUUAUCUGACGCUUUGAUCUGCACUGAUGACUUCAUUACCAAAGUAGUCCAAAGAUGCAUGUCGAUUCCUGUGACUAUGCGAGCCAUCCAACGCAAGGCAGAGACUAUUCAGGCAGACACUCCAGCAUUGUCCCUUAUAGCGAAGACUGUGGAAAUAAUGGUAAAGAAGAACCUCCCCCCAACUAGUAGCCCAGGUUACAUGGGAAAUGUUACAGGGGCUGAUGAAGGAAACCCUAUAGGCCUCCCUGGUGUAAGUGGUGGGACUACAUCUGCAGUAAGCAACAAUGUUGUGGGUGUAGGGGGAAGUGGGGCUUUCCAAGGCCCCAUUACCUCACUUUUCAAUAUAAGUCGUACAAGUCAGGGAGGCUCAAAUAUGGACAACCUAGGACAAGUUGGUGGCCAGCAGCAAAUAAUUCAACAACCACAGAAUCAUGGAUCAGAUGAUUUUAGCAAAGUCACACAGAAUCCUAUUCUAACUAGCCUUCUGCAAAUCACAGGCAGUGUCGGGUCCAGUCCUACUCCACAGCCACCUCAGCCUCACCAAACCCCCCCACCAACCACCUCACCAGCAAGCAACACCAAAAACCACCCAAUGCUGAUGAACCUACUAAAAGAUAACCCUUCACAAGAUUUUGCGACGUUGUAUGGCAGUAGCCCUCUAGAAAGACAGAACUCAUCAGGAUCCCCACGGACUGAUAGCCAAGGGCAGUCUUGCUCUGCAACUAAAGGUAAGAAAAAGCGUCCAAGAGGCUGUGAUAAAGGACAAGUAGGCAUGAAGCAACAAUCUCAGCAGCAGGUAGGAGGCAUGACCCAACAGUCUCAUCACACACACCACUCUGAAGAUGAUUUCCAUCGAGAGCUUUUCUCCAUGGAUGUUGAUGCCUCCCAGAACCCCAUAUUUGAUGUCAGUCUUACAGGCGAUGGACUUGACACCCCUCACAGUAUCACUCCAGCUCCAAGUCAAUGUGGGACUCCCCCUUCAGGUUCUGGAAUGCCAUACCACUCACAGUCUCAUGUUCAAACUCAACCACAAGGAUCUGUACAUCGUAUGGUUCGCCUCUCUAGCUCUGAAAGUAUAGGGCCUGAUAUUAAUGACAUUUUGUCGGAUAUUCCUGAUCAGACCAACAAAGGAAGUAGCCAACAUCUCAUCGGCGAAGAAGGAGGAUCCUUGGGAACUCCACUUCGGGAUUCCUCCAGCUCAGGCCAAGGUAGUGCAGUGUUUGAGGCAGACCUGUUUAAUGCAAACAGCAAUGAAAAUCCCUUUACUGAUGCAGCAGACCUGAUUGCAGAGGCUACUGCCACACCCAAUAGCGAUUCUUCUUCAACAAAUUUUUUUCCAGAUACAGACUUCAACCCAGAACUUCUCCCUGGACAGGGAAGCUUUUCACAGAAUUACUUUGAAGACAGUUCCCCCAGUCCUGACCCAGAUAAUGAUCUUGUUAAAGGUUUCAGUGGGGGAAGUCAGCAGAACACCCCUACAGGCACACCUCAGAAUCCCACUUCACAUGGGCAAAACACUCCAGAUGCCUCUUUUAAAGACCAUUUUGACAUUGGAAUGUUUAGUGGUAACAGUAGUGGAGGAAAACCAGUGCUAGGUCCAUCAGAUAUGGGGGACUCACACACUUCUCAUGGCGGUGGGGGCCAAAGCCCAAUCAUAUUGGGCAUUGGGGCAACAGGUAGUGAUUAUAAAAGCAGUGAAACAAAGAUUAAACAGCAAAUAAGGACAAAGGAGGAUAAUGGAGGAAAUUCUGGAAUGGGAAUAGGUGCUUCAUCCUCUUCUGAAAUGAAACCGGUGAAGCGUAGUCGAACUCCUUCAAGUGAGGGCAAAUCAAAAGACAAGCCACCUAAGCGCAAGAAGUUGGAUCCAGAUGGCAAGUCACCUUCACACAGCUCAGGGGGUCGACCUUAUACUCCUCCAUGUGGGAGUAACAAUUCUGGAGGAACAAUGAGUGCAGGUGGAUCUAAGUCACCUGGGAGCUCAGGUAGAUCUCAGACCCCACCAGGUGGUGCUACGCCACCAAUCCCUAAGAUAACUAUACAAAUACCCAGGACUUUAACUGGAGGAAAAACAACUUCUCAUGGAGGCUACACAUCGAGUAGUUCAGCAAGUGGAGGUACUGGUAGUGCAAGUGUCACAAGUAGCAAAAGUCAUCAUUCCCACUCUUCUUCCUCAGGGAAGAUGAAGAGUAGUAAACUAGAACUCUCUGGGCAAGGCAGCAGCUCCAAACCAUCUAAUAUUGGAGGUGUUGGGAGUGGUAUGGCUCCACAAUCCAAAGGGUCUUCCUUGGGAAUGAGCUCAGGAAAGCCAUCAUCUUCUCCCAUUACCAAACAUGGGACAUCAGGUUCAGGUAGUGGUGGAGGUAGUGGAACAGGAAGUGGAAACAAAAUUAAGCCACAAGGUGGAAAACCCCCUGGCUCACUUAUGAACCCUAACAUCAAGCCCAACAUUUCUCCUUCACACUCACGUUCUGGCAGUUCUGACAAACUGUCCUCUCCAAUGAAACUUCAACAAGGCCAGGUUCCUGGGACUCCACCCUCUACUAAAGCCAAGUCUCCAAUUGGUUCUGGUGGUGGAGGAUCAGGAGGGUCCAAAUCCUCAUCAGGUGGUGGAAUGGGUACCCAAAAACAGUUAGGCAGUAGCUCAUCUUCAAGUGCUUCUGCAUCUGGUGCAAGUGCCUCCUCUUCCUCUGGGUCCAUGCCUUUUUCUUCAGGUGGCCAGUCACAGUAUGGAAGCAGUGGUGGGGGUGGGAACAACCCUAAUGCUAAGGGUAAGUCACCAAGCCGAAACAAAAAGCCAUCUCUUACAGCAGUCAUAGACAAACUUAAGAGUGUGGGUAGUGGCGGGAUUGGUGGGGAAGAGGGUGAAUGUGGUGGUGGGAGUGCAGGUGGGGGAAUGCCUUCAAAUACUGGUUCUUCAUCCUCCAAGCAUGGAAUGUCCUCACAAGGAGGAGAGUUUAUAAAUAAACGAGACAAAAUAGACAAAGAUGGCAAGUCUAAGGUUAUCGGAUCAGGUGCCAACAACUCUGGCGAUAAGAAGUUAAUGGAUUCUAAAAGUAGUGGGGUGAGUGGCACUGGUGUGGCAAAAAUUAUUAUCAGUAAACCAGAUGGGGGCUCUCCAAGCAUCAAGUCUAAAGUUACUCUUCAGAAACCUGGAGAAAGUUCUGGAGAUGGCUCCAUGCGUUCCCAGCACACAGGCCUUAAAGCAUCACCUCUUUUCAGUGGCUCAACACCAAAACAUGAUCGCAGCUCCCCAAGCCAUAGCCGUUCCCCAGGGGGGUACACUCCUCUUAACCCAGAUAGUGAAAGUGAAUCUGGUAGCAGUUCAGUGGCUGAAAAGUCUCAUCAGAACAGUCCUAGCUCUGAUGAUGACCAAGCUAUUAGACCACAUCAACCCCCUCAAGACUACAUGAGUUCCAUAUCGAUUAGCCAAGGUGAAAAACACAAGAAGCAUAAAAAAGAGAAGAAAAAACAGAAGGAGCGAGAAAGGGAUAGGGAAAGAGACAGAGAAAAAGAGAAGAAGAAAUCAGUGUCUUGUGGGCAGUCAUCUCACCCAAUAAAAACAGACAGUUGGUCCAGAUCUCCAAUAUCUUUAGAAUCAAUCUCUAUGCUUGGCUCUGAGCGCACCUCACGACCAAGUCCUAUGUAUGUGCAUACAGAAGAUGACGAUCUCAUGGAUUCAGCCUUAACAGGCAAUCUAGAACCAUUUAAAUAAAUAGAAAUGUGUAUGCCUGCUUUGUAGAGGCAUAUGAAUAUAGCAUACUAUUUACUGUAAUUAUUUUCUAAUUUUUUACAUUAAUUAUUUUCUAAUAUUUUUAUUUGCAAAAGAUAUUUUCAGAUAUUUUUUGAUUGUUUAUAUUUUAGGCCUAAUUUCUGCAAAUCAGAAGAUGCAUAGAGAGUGCGCUCCUUAGUAUCUCAAUUUCCAAGUGUCUAGAAAACUAUUUAACAGUAUAUAGAAAGUCCUGGUGUGAGAUUUUAAAUAUAUAUUCUUAGUAUGUAGCUUUCAUUAUUGUUGGAAUCCCAGCUUUGCUUUGCAGUUGACCAAAUUAUAUUAUAUACACUCUACAAAUGUUCUUAAAGUAAUUUUCUCAUUUUUAGUCAUUUAUAUCACAAUGUAUAGUAACUUGACAGAUUCAUAUUUUCAUUUUUGCUUGAUUCUUUUUACCUGUUUUUAAACAAAACAAAUCAGACAUUCUAUUUUUACCCAAAUAUAAAGGUGUCAAUGUUGUUUAACACUACCUUUACAGAUAAAAUGGCCUAAUAUUUGCUGAAAAUGUUUUUGCUUCCUUAAUGAUACAUCGUAUAUUUAAAGUUUUUAGUUAGUAGCUGGAGUGGGGAUAAACAUACAGUUUUUUAGCAUCUUUUGGAGUUCAUAUGUAGUUACAAUAUAAGUAAAAUAAAUAUAUUGGUGCCAAUGUUUUGUUUAUAAUUUUUAAUGAUUUGCCCAACCUUUACAGAGGUAACCAGAGGAUGUAAUUGGAAACACUGUAUGAUGUACAUGGGAAUUAUGAGCCAAGAUGUUAAUGUUUAACUUUAAAUCAGUUCCCAAACUGUAAUAGUUGAAACAUUUGUGUAAAAACAAUUUCAGGUUGUUGGCUGAAAGCAGGAUAAAGUGUCUAUUAGACAGAAAUUAAGAGAAAGGUCCCUAGAAAUAAAAACUGCUUUAAUGAUAUUGUCCCACAUUAUUGCAUGGUUUAUGUAUUUGUAUAUAUUAUGCUAAUAUUACAAAUAUGUUUUACAAAUGUGAUGUACAGUACAGAAUAUAGGACAUAAACUGAUUCUUUAUUAAUGGUAGUAAUAUUUAUUUUGUGUUUUUAGGCAACUUUGAUUUAAAUGGAAAAGCUUUUUCCAAAGUACUUCUGUUAAAGGGGACAUUUCACAAGACUUUUUUUAAGAUGUCAAAUAAAUCUUUGCAGUCCCAGAGUACAUAUGUGAAGUUUUAGCUCAAAAUAUCAUGUAGUUAAUUUUUGUAGGUGUGCAAAACAUGCCCUUUAACAGGCAAAAUAAUUGAUCUCUGUACUAAAUGACAGUGUCGUGGUUGGAUAGUGCAGAUUAAGGAGCGGUAUUAACCCCUAAUGAUAUCACCAUGGAGCCAAAUUUCAAUUACCUAUUUGUGCUUGUGGCGAAUGGUUUACCAAAACUAAGUUACUGUGUUGUUCUUUUUCACAUUUUCCAGGUUGAUAAAAGCACUGGGGUUCCAAUUAUAGCACCUAAACAUGGAAAAAGUCCAAUUUUCAUGAUCUGUCCCUUUUAAAACAUGCAUGAGGCAUAGUAAUACAACAUGUAACAAGAUAAUAAUAUAACAAAAGUAUUCUGGUCACUGGUUAUGUAGUGAGUUCAGUUCCCUUUUUGGUGGCAACCUUAGGCCAUGUUUAGGUGAAUGUGUUUACCUUUUAAAACUAAUUACUUUUACCAUGUUUAUGCCUGUUUUAGUGUGAAAACUCUGAGGUUGCGCUGCAGUGUAAAUUAAUGUAGACUUAAGUAAACGAACAGAUGGUUUUAAUGUGACAGCGCAUCAUUAAAUUAGUAAAAAUUAUUUGUAUUCCGGUAAAUGGAGGUUUGCAACAGAGGUUGCAAAAAGCAUGGCCGGCUAAAGUAUUAAAAAUGU